UGAUUACUUUCUUGCAUCUCUAGUUUUAGUCGAAAAAAUCCAUUGAAACGAUUUGGAAGCGGAGUGGUGGUGAUAGUCGUCAGUUUGCACAAUAGGAAGAAUAUUUGUUUAAAAGACCAAAGCCCAAAUUGUUGAUGCGUUUUCGCAGCGCGCUUCUUGUGGCGAUAAACAUGACAUCUACACUAACACAACACUGUUACGCCUGAGAAAUAAGUGACAAAUUGGAAAAGUCGAUGAUAGUUUCGUUUGGGAGUAUAUAUACAAAUUCUUUUUGUAGGAGUGUGCAGUGCAGAAAAGCCAGCGAUUAAAGGAACAACAAAAGAAAAACAAGAAGAGAGCAGGAAAAACACAAAAACAACGACACCCGGACGAGUUGGGAUCGCAGUUCGAUCUGAGUAUCUAAUCUUAUCUAAUUGUGUGGGAAAUCAGAGCUCGCCGCAAUGGAUAAUUUAAUAACAAUUGUAAACAAGCUGCAAGAUGCGUUCACAUCGCUCGGCGUCCACAUGCAAUUGGAUCUGCCACAGAUCGCGGUGGUCGGUGGCCAAUCAGCUGGCAAGAGUUCCGUUUUGGAGAACUUCGUGGGCAAAGAUUUCUUGCCGCGUGGCUCUGGUAUCGUGACUCGCAGACCGCUAAUCUUGCAACUGAUCAAUGGAGUUACUGAAUAUGGAGAGUUCCUUCACAUUAAAGGCAAGAAGUUUUCCAGCUUCGAUGAGAUCAGAAAAGAAAUCGAAGAUGAAACGGAUCGUGUGACCGGUAGUAACAAAGGCAUUUCAAACAUUCCAAUUAAUUUGCGCGUCUACUCGCCGCAUGUACUCAAUCUAACCCUGAUCGAUUUGCCCGGCCUGACAAAAGUGGCCAUUGGCGAUCAGCCGGUAGAUAUUGAGCAGCAAAUUAAGCAGAUGAUAUUCCAAUUUAUUCGCAAAGAGACUUGUUUAAUUCUGGCUGUGACCCCGGCCAACACCGAUCUGGCCAACUCGGAUGCCCUCAAGCUGGCCAAGGAGGUGGAUCCACAGGGUGUGCGGACCAUUGGCGUUAUAACCAAGCUGGAUCUGAUGGACGAGGGCACCGAUGCACGGGACAUUCUGGAGAACAAGCUGCUUCCACUGCGCCGUGGCUACAUUGGCGUGGUGAAUAGAUCCCAGAAGGAUAUCGAGGGGCGCAAGGACAUCCACCAGGCGUUGGCCGCCGAGCGCAAGUUCUUCUUGAGCCAUCCCUCCUACCGGCACAUGGCCGACCGUCUCGGCACCCCCUACUUGCAGCGAGUCCUCAACCAACAACUUACCAACCACAUCAGGGACACGUUACCCGGCUUGCGGGAUAAGUUGCAGAAGCAAAUGCUCACCCUGGAGAAGGAGGUGGAGGAGUUUAAGCACUUUCAGCCGGGCGAUGCCAGCAUCAAAACAAAAGCUAUGCUCCAAAUGAUUCAGCAGCUGCAAUCAGACUUUGAGCGAACUAUUGAGGGAAGCGGCUCAGCUUUAGUGAACACAAAUGAGCUCUCAGGUGGCGCCAAGAUCAAUCGCAUUUUCCAUGAACGUCUGCGCUUUGAGAUCGUUAAGAUGGCCUGUGAUGAAAAGGAACUGCGACGAGAGAUCUCAUUUGCAAUUCGAAAUAUCCACGGUAUUCGCGUUGGCCUCUUCACACCCGACAUGGCGUUCGAGGCGAUUGUCAAGCGGCAGAUAGCGCUGCUUAAGGAGCCGGUUAUCAAGUGUGUCGAUCUAGUCGUACAGGAACUUUCUGUGGUUGUGCGCAUGUGCACAGCUAAAAUGAGUCGAUACCCACGUCUGCGUGAGGAGACCGAACGUAUUAUCACAACACAUGUGCGUCAACGCGAGCACAGCUGCAAGGAGCAGAUUCUUCUGCUCAUUGACUUUGAGCUGGCUUACAUGAACACCAACCAUGAGGACUUCAUUGGUUUUGCCAACGCUCAAAAUAAAUCGGAGAAUGCCAACAAAACUGGCACUCGUCAGCUGGGCAACCAAGUUAUUCGAAAGGGUCACAUGGUUAUCCAGAACCUUGGUAUCAUGAAAGGUGGAUCGCGCCCCUAUUGGUUUGUGCUGACAUCCGAGAGCAUCUCCUGGUAUAAGGACGAGGAUGAGAAGGAGAAGAAGUUUAUGCUGCCGUUGGAUGGUUUAAAAUUGCGUGAUAUUGAACAGGGAUUUAUGUCAAUGUCUAGACGUGUUACAUUUGCUUUAUUUAGUCCCGAUGGACGUAAUGUUUAUAAGGACUACAAACAACUGGAGCUGUCGUGCGAGACUGUGGAAGAUGUGGAGUCCUGGAAAGCUUCCUUCCUGCGAGCUGGUGUUUAUCCCGAAAAGCAGGAGACUCAGGAAAAUGGCGAUGAGGAAGGACAAGAGCAAAAAUCGGCCAGCGAGGAGAGUUCCACCGAUCCACAGCUAGAGCGGCAGGUCGAGACCAUCCGUAAUCUGGUUGACUCCUACAUGAAGAUCGUUACGAAGACCACCCGUGACAUGGUGCCCAAAGCAAUUAUGAUGCUCAUCAUCAACAAUGCUAAGGACUUUAUCAAUGGCGAACUGCUGGCACAUCUCUACGCGUCCGGAGAUCAGUCUCAGAUGAUGGAGGAGUCGGCUGAAUCGGCUACACGGCGAGAGGAAAUGCUGCGCAUGUACCGUGCUUGCAAGGAUGCAUUACAGAUCAUAGGCGACGUAUCAAUGGCAACUGUAUCCUCGCCAUUGCCUCCGCCGGUUAAGAACGAUUGGCUGCCCAGCGGCUUGGACAACCCACGUCUCUCUCCUCCAAGUCCGGGUGGCGUCAGAGGAAAGCCAGGACCUCCUCCACAGAGCUCCUUGGGUGGACGGAACCCACCAUUGCCACCAGCAACAGGGCGCCCAGCGCCAGCGAUUCCGAAUCGCCCAGGAGGUGGGGCACCACCACUACCCGGCGGUCGUCCCGGAGGAGCUCUUCCCCCACCAAUGCUACCAUCCCGUGUGUCCGGAGCUGUCGGCGGCGCCAUUGUCCAGCAAUCGGGAGCCAAUCGCUAUGUGCCGGAGAGUAUGCGUGGACAGGUUAACCAGGCCGUGGGCCAGGCAGCCAUCAAUGAGUUGUCCAAUGCCUUCAGUUCGCGAUUCAAGUAAUGCCCGCAAGAUUGAGCACAAUAUGCAGCGUAUGCACAUAAUCUACAGAAAGUUAGAGCCAGCACGCCCGCCCCUCCUAUCAUAUCGUUUUAUCAAAGAUGUAUCAUCACCGCCCCAAACCGAAGAUGGCAAUGUGUCAGUGUUGGUUUGAAUAUUUGGGUCUAUAGAAAAAUUCAACGGUGUGCUAUAUGAUCUUUGGCUAAUUCUAUAUUCAAAUUAGUGCUUUCGAAUUGAUUUCAUCGUGGAUAACAUUUACUUUUUAAAGUAUAUUUAAACGUGAAAUAAAUAAAUUUAUUUUCCAAAACGAGUAUUUAUAUGUAAAGCAAUGCUAGCUUCAUAGAGGGUAUUCACAAAGGGUAUUAUAUGAUAUUUGAAUCGCGGUGAAAGCAGGCGGAUGAGUGCAGGAAUGCAAUAAAGCCAGUAUUUUUUUAAAGCUCAAAUAAAACCGAAGAAAUAUCUAAAAGAAAAUCGUUAAUUGCAGUGUUACAAUGCUUCUACAUUGAUGGUAAACAUCUAACUAUGUACUCACUCUAAAACAUGUAUGAACUAUCCUCAGAGCAAUGAAUUAUAUGCGAACAAAUAUUAUUUAGCAGCGGUAUGUCCGCAAGAAAUUAUACAAAACCUAUUCAAUGAUAAAUAUUGUGUGUGUUAAGGUUAUGGUCUUUAACGAUUCUUGUUUAUAGACGUUUGUUAAUAAGAAAAUAAAGAAAAAAUAAAGUA